UGCCGAGCAUUCUCGAUAUGAUCUUUCCAUUAAAUGAAACGCGUCCACGCCAGCCUUAUGCUAUAACAGAAUAUUUCGUCGACAAAAGAAGAUAUCAUAAUCUUCUCCUGUGCCACUGGUUGGUUGGCGUAUACCUCAGUUUUUUUGUCCUGAUAACCACAAUUACUUUGCAUAUAGUGUACAUAGAACAUAUUUGUGGAAUGUUAAGUGUCGCCAGCUACCGAAUCCAACAUUCGAUCGAUCAUUACGUAUCGCAUAAUCCUCCAAAGAAGGAAGAUGUAAUUUUUCAGAACAUAAAUGUCGCGGUCGAUUUACACCGAAAAGCUCUCAUGUGCAGCUUAUUUCUGUCAACCGCUUUUGCAUCAGAUUUCUUCUUCACAAUUGUACUAAGCGUUUUAUCUUUUAGUUUAAAUCUACUCCGACUGAUUAAAGUGAUAUUGCUAUUAAAAAAUAUUAGUGAAUUGCUUAUGUCUAUAAUAUUGGUUAGUGCACACUUCGUAAUUAUAUUUUUGGAGCAUUACUACGGACAAAAGAUUACGAAUCACAACGACAAGAUUUUCUACAAUGCAUAUAACACGGAAUGGUACACGGUUCCAGUGAGAAUUCAAAAAUUGUUUUUAUUUAUUAUGAAAAAUACCACGAAAGCAUAUGUUUUAAAUAUCGGCAACUUUAUUAUGGCUUCGUUGGAAGGUUUUACAAAACUUAUGAGUUUGUCCAUAUCUUACUUCACGGUAAUGUAUUCAUUACAAUGAUUAAAAAAUACGACUGAAUGUAUUUUUUCAUGUAUUAUAAUAUAUGUCUAAUUAUAUAAAGUAAGUAAAAUGCAUACAUUAAA